UUUAGCGAGAGCACUGUCAGAAUGGGAGGUUAUAGCUCAGAAUGCAGUUUGAGAGCUCCAUAAAAUAGGGAAUUCAUCAUGCACAGCACUUUUCCAUUUUAUUCCCAACCCCGAACCCCUUUUAUGUAUGACACCAAAAUUGUUGAAAUUGUCGUCAUUUGCAUUGUCACAACAUGCACUUUCAUCAUCAUAUUGCCUGGAAUUAGAGGAAAGCAGAGACUCUCCUGGCUUUUGAAAGUAUUGACAAGUUUAUUCAUUGGAGCUGUGAUUUUAGCUGUAAACUUCACCAGAGACUGGGAGGUAGGAUCAGUGACAACCACAACUGUGUACAAGUCUUUCAGCAAUGCAAUGGUCAAUGUCAGUAUCGGACUGUGGGUUGGUUUAAAGGGCGUAAAUAUUACUCUGUCAGGAAUUCCUAUUCAACAACUUAAUGAGACCAUUAAUUACAAUGAGGAAUUUGACUGGGAUUCAGGAAUGCACUUUGAAAAAGAUUAUGAAGAGAGUUUAGAAAGAGGACUGCCAAAUCCAAUUUUAUAUGUAGCUGAAAAAUUCACCAUGAAUAGUCCAUGUAGACUUCAUCAACAAUAUAGCAUAUCUGCCUACUAUUCAUCUGCAUUAAUGUGGCUAGCUUUUUGUUCAUGGAUUUUCUGCAAUUUACUCUUCUCUAUGCCGGUACUAAUCUAUGGGAUUUAUAUGAUGUUUGCCACCGCCUUGUGCAUUCUGAUCUCCCUCAUAUCAUUUGCAAGUGUUAGUCAGACAAAAUGCAGCAUUCAGUUUGGCAUUGCUGUCCUCCAAACAAGAUUCGGACUCUCUUUCUGGAUAAGUUUAGGAACAGGUACAUUUUGUCUCAUAUUGAGCCUGGUGCUCAUAACAGUAUAUAUUGCAGACCAAAAUAUCCUGAGACGUUUUUUCAAUGAUAUAGAUGUGGCAAAGGACUUAACAUCCAAUAAAGAAGAAGGAAGCCUAUUGGAUGACAAUCGGACUAUAAUGUUGCAUGAGAUGUUAUGAGUAAUACUGGUGUGAUGUACCUGGGUUGUUUACUUUGGCAGUUUUUUACAUAUACCUACGUAUUAGGUGAGCCAUAAAACAAUACAUGUCACACCCCAAAGUUAAUUGCUUCAGAAGAAAAACACAGCAACAUCUCUAUGGAACAUUAACUAAUAAAAUCUCUGGAGUUUACUAUAUAAAAGAUAUGGGAACUAUGCAAGGAACUUCUAAAGAAAGGAAACGAUUAUAAAGAAACUUGAGAAAAUAAAAAUAGUGUGAUGGCUACUGAAAAAA